UGCGCCUUGUUGAGUUCGAAUGCGAAGGCGGGAGUGAGGGCGGGAGUGCUCCUGCUGGUCCUCCCGGCGGAAUGACCCAGUCGGUGGUCGUACAGGUCGGACAGUGCGGGAACCAGAUCGGCUGCUGCUUCUGGGACCUGGCGCUGAGGGAGCACGCCGCGGUCAAUCAGAAAGGAAUUUAUGACGAUGCAAUUAGCAGCUUCUUCAGGAAUGUGGAUACCAGAGCGGUUGGGGAUGGUGGCAGUAUUUCCAGAGGAAGAAUAUCUUCUUUGAAAGCACGGGCUGUUUUGAUUGACAUGGAAGAAGGGGUAGUGAAUGAAAUUCUCCAAGGCCCACUGAGAGACGUGUUUGAUAGCAAACAGCUCAUCACUGAUAUCUCUGGCUCGGGAAAUAAUUGGGCUGUGGGUCACAAAGUUUUUGGAAGUCUUUACUGGGAACAGAUUUUAGAGAAACUCCGGAAGUCGGCAGAGCAGUGCGACUGCUUACAGUGCUUCUUCAUCAUCCACUCCAUGGGAGGAGGAACAGGCUCUGGGCUUGGCACGUUUCUGUUAAAGGUGCUUGAAGAUGAAUUCCCAGAAGUGUACCGGUUUGUGACAGCGGUUUAUCCUUCCAGCGAGGACGAUGUCAUCACCUCGCCUUAUAACAGCAUGCUGGCCAUGAGGGAGCUCAGUGAGCACGCAGACUGUGUGCUGCCCAUUGACAACCAAUCUUUAUUUGACAUCAUUAGCAAAAUUGAUCUUGUGGUAAAUUCUGGAAAGUUGGGCUCAGCUGUGAAGCCUAAGAGUCUCAUUACUUCGAACAUGGGCGCUGUUAAAACGCGCCACAAGAAGCCCUUCGACGCCAUGAACAACAUUGUGGCGAACCUGCUCCUCAGCCUGACAAGCUCUGCGAGGUUUGAGGGCUCCCUCAAUAUGGACCUGAAUGAGAUCAGCAUGAACUUGGUCCCUUUCCCGAAGCUUCAUUAUCUCGUGUCAAGCCUGACACCUCUCUACACGCUGGCCGAUGUUAACAUUCCCCCCCGAAGGUUGGAUCAGAUGUUUUCAGACGCCUUUAGUAAAGAUCACCAGCUCAUCCAAGCAGACCCCAGACACAGUCUCUACCUCGCCUGCGCCCUCAUCGUUAGAGGAAACGUACAGAUUUCUGAUCUUCGCAGAAAUAUUGAAAGAUUAAAACCUGCUCUGCAGUUUGUCUCCUGGAACCAAGAAGGCUGGAAGACUAGCCUGUGCUCUGUCCCACCUGUGGGCCACUCACACUCGUUGCUAGCAUUAGCCAAUAACACGUGUGUCAAGCCCACCUUCAUGGAGCUAAGAGAAAGGUUCAUGCGGCUCUACAAGAAAAAGGCGCACCUCCAUCACUACCUGCAAGUUGAUGGAAUGGAGGAGAGCACUUUUACAGAAGCUGUGUCCUCUCUGUCAGCACUCAUACAGGAGUACAGUGACCUCGACGCCACCAAGAGCCUGCCCAUGCCGGACGUGCCCAGGCUGAGCGUGGCCUUGUGAGGGAGGAAGCCCACAAGGAGCCUGCCCGUGCCGGACGUGCCCAGGCUGAGCGUGGCCUUGUGAGGGAGGAAGCCCACAAAGAGCCUGCCUGUGCCAGACGUGCCCAGGCUGAGCGUGGCCUUGUGAGGGAGGAAGCCCACAAAGAGCCUGCCUGUGCCAGAUGUGCCCAGGCCGAGCGUGGCCUUGUGAGGAAGGAAGUUCAGAAAGCAAAUGUUACUUUUUUCUGAUUCUCAUCAGGUUUCGUCCCCUUUCUGUUUCAGCAUUUUUUUUCUGACUCAGGAAGCCCAGUUUGUUUUUUCACAGUAUCAGGAAGUAUUUUAUCUAAGAUGAUGGUUUCUAUUUUAUUACAGUCUUUUAUACCAGUGUGUGAUACCACUUCUAGCAAUUGCCAACAUUAAGAUAAGGGAGAGCCCGACAUGGUGGUAUACAAAUGUAAUCCCAGUGUGGCUACAUGCAGGAGGACGUGUUCAGGGCCAGCCUGGGCUACACAGCAGGAGCCGACGUGGGGUGGAGGAGUGGCACUUCCUCCCUGGGCUUUACUAGUAUCUUUUUUUUUUUUCCAAAUAAGGAACUUUAUUGUAAUUCCACCCUCUAGCCACUACCUGGUGCUACUAUUUAUUUAUUUAUUUAUUUAUUUAAAUCUCCAAAUUUUAUUCCCCUCCUUGUCUACCCUCCAACUGUCCACAUCCCAUACCUUCUCCCCACCC